CCUAACUAUAAGCCACAUCUCAUACUAAGCGGACAUUCGCGCUCGUUGUCGUCGAUCAAGUUCAGUCCUGACGGAACCAUGCUCGCGUCAUGUGCCGCGGAUAAACUCAUCAAGCUAUGGGACGCAGAGACGGGCGACAUCAUCAAGACGUUCGAGGGCCAUACGGAAGGCAUCUCGGAUGUGGCUUGGUCUGCGAAUGGGGAGUUUCUCGCGUCUGCGUCGGAUGACAAGACAGUCCGCCUGUGGAGCCUAGAGAAUUUCGCAGUGUUGAAGGUCCUUCAUGGACAUACCAACUUCGUCUUCUGUGUAAAUUUCAGUCCGUCAUCUAAACUCCUGGCUUCUGGAGGUUUUGACGAAUCGGUCCGAGUGUGGGAUGUCGCACGAGGCAAGACACUGAAGACGCUACCGGCACACUCAGAUCCGGUUACCGCAGUAACUUUCAACCACGAUGGGACACUGAUUGGUUCAUGCUCUAUGGAUGGUUUGAUUCGAUUAUGGGACACCGAAUCUGGUCAGUGUUUGAAGACUCUGGCAGAUGACGACAAUCCUAUAUGUUCCCAUAUCAAGUUCACACCAAAUUCGAGGUUUAUCCUGGCUAGCACCCAGGAUUCGACCGUCCGUCUGUGGAAUACGCAGACAUCGAAAUGUGUCAAAACCUACACUGGACAUACGAACCGCACGUACUGCAUCUUCACUGACUUUGCUCCUGGACGGAAACAUAUCGUAAGUGGAAGCGAAGACAUGAAGAUCUACUUGUGGGAUCUCCAGACACGAGAGAUCGUCCAAGUUCUCGAAGGUCACAGAGACGUAGUUAUUGCUGUUGCUUCACAUCCCACCCGACGUAUGAUCGCGUCAGCCGCCAUGGAGAAAGACCUAACUAUUCGGUUGUGGAUAGAUCAACCAAUGGAAGGGUAGCAAGGCAUCUGCUUGGACACAGCUGUCUUUCUUGAAACCGUGUCGGUAUUCACUGCUUGUGACCGCUCUCGCGACACCUUCACAACGUGUCGCAAAACAUGGACGAAUCAGGACCAGUUCUUGUAUCAGUUGUACUUCUAUCAGCAUUGAUCCUGUCCCUUGGUCGGAGCGGUGAGGUGCAGGUGCCUAUCAU